GUUUAGUACACUCGCAACCGGUGACGGAGGCACGCGUCAACGCGUUCGAUAACAAAUUGCGGACAUCAAUAAAUAAAUAAAAAAAAACUUUAACACAAAUGUGCCAAAGGAACUUUAUUCCAGUUUUAAAAACUUUACGUGUUUAAAAAAGGACUAAAAGCGCGCGAGUGUGUGUUAGACGCGUUCGUAUGGAUCAUAACUAGCCGGCGAUACGGAGCAUUCCAAAUAAUUCGUAUUGGUCAAGGUCCGUAUAAAGAUUGGCGAAUAUUGGUGUGAAAUUGUGCGGUUUCGUAUCCUGAUUCACGUGUUCCAUAGGAUUGAAACACGAUGAAGCAACGAGUGGCGACGGAUGAGCGGCCCUUUAAAACGGGAUCCACUGAUGAAACCCCCAGUGAAGAGGAACCAGCAGCAGCUUUGGUCGUACCUCCAGAUGGCGGUUGGGGAUGGGUCGUCAUGAUUGCAUCCUUCUGCUGCAAUUUCAUGGUGGACGGUGUUAUCUUAUCCAACGGAGCCAUACUUCCAGCCAUUAGAAAAGAAUUUAAUGCGACUGAAAUCGAAGUGGCUCCGAUCAACUCCUUGCUUGCUGGAUUUUACCUUCUUCUUGGACCUAUUGCCUCGGCCUUGGCAAACAAAUACGGAUUCCGAAAGGUGACUAUCCUAGGGAGUUUGAUCUCCGCAGCUGGCUUCGCUAUCUCCUACUACGCCACUAGUCCUCAAUAUCUGUACGUUACUUAUGGAGUAAUCGGAGGAUUUGGAGUAUGUCUGAUAUUCAUGCCGGCUGUGCUGACCGUCGGAUUCUACUUCGAGAAAUGGAGGGCUCUCGCCACAGGAAUAGCUCUCUGCGGCUCAGGAGUUGGAGUCUUUGUCAUGUCGCCCAUCACCAAGUCGCUUGUUGAUAAUUAUGGUUGGAGGAUGACGAUCUUCAGUCAGUCCGGUAUGAUGUUGUUGUGUAUCCUUUUUGGAUUAACCUUCAAACCAAUCGAGCCAGUACAUGUUGUAGUAGAAGAAGAAGCCGCGACAUCUGAAGAAGAUGAAGUGGAACGUAAAAAAAUAGCGGCGGAGAAGUUAGCGGAGAAGAAUAUGAUGAAACUCGAAAACAGACUCGACUCCGGCAUAAGAAUGCCACCUGACAUGAAAUUCGCAACCAAAUCCAGCCCUCACACAUGGAUGGGCGUUUCUAAUAACACGCGUUACCCCACAGCAGAAGAGGUCUUCCGUGGAAGCAGUACAUACAUAAAUGGUCAGCGACGAUCCUCCGCUACUGCAGGAACGAUUAAAAGUAAUCUGGGACCUAAACCCGUUUAUGCCACGGUCAGCGAAAAAGACGAACAAGAAGACUCUAACACUACUCCUGACAAGGCAACUCAACCUUUGAUUGGAUCAGUACUCCGAGUCAUGUCUCGCAACGACUUUAGUCAGCAACGCCGCUCAACAGCUGACUUGGUUGCCAGACCCCUGUACCGUGAAGACAUCUUUUUCGGAGCUAGUUUGGCCAGACUUCCUCAAUAUACGUCACGAACAUCUCUUGGAUACCAUUUGGCUGUAACACACGUACCGUCACCUGAAGACGCAAAGGAAGAAGAAACAAAGAAAUGCCGAAUUUGCCCAGUAGCCGUGCGCAGAGCUUUGGCCACCCUCUUGGACGUCAGCCUAUUCAAGUCUGUAACUUUCGUGAUUCUGGCUCUCAGUGGUUUCUUCACAAUGACUGGUUUCUUUGUGCCCUUCGUGUACGUGCAAAAUAGAGCGCGUGAAAAUGAUGUACCACCCGAGGCUAUUGAAUGGUUGGUGUCUUCGAUUGGAGUAGCAAACAUUGUUGGACGAUUGGUAUGUGGACUGGUGUCAUCCAUGCCAAAGGUGUCCCCGUUGUUGGUCACCAACAUUGCUCUCACCAUGGGCGGUCUUGCUACUAUGCUUAGUAACUUGUGCUUCGACACCUACUUCCAGUACGGAUACUGCGUCAUAUUCGGUCUUUCUGUGGCUUGCUUCGCUGCUCUGCGUUCCAUCGUCGUUGUUGAAUUCCUUGGACUCGAACGAUUGACCAACUGCUUUGGCCUUUUCCUCCUCUUCCAAGGAAUUGGUGCUUUAAUCGGUUCACCAAUUGCUGGAAUGCUGUACGAUGCCACAAAAAGCUAUGCUAUAUCAUUCUAUGUAUCCGGGGCAUUUAUACUCCUAUCAGCAGUUAUGUGCUAUCCUAUCAAUAGGAUUAGCAAGUGGGAGAAGAAACGCGCUGAAGAGAAUGAGAAGUUGAAGAGCACUGUCCCAACAAGUUUAGUCGACAAAGUAUAACCGAAGACACAAAUUGUUGCGGACAACACAUUGGUGCCAAAUGGACUCUAUUGAAAAAUAGUUCAAGCAGUUUGGUAGCUGCCGGAUGAGUGUGUGAACGAAGCAUAGGUAGCUGGCAUUCAAAUGUACCGUCUGCCGAAGAAUGAGUGUGCACUAAUGCAUGUGAUGAAUAAUAAAUUAUGUAUCUGCAUAGUGUGAAUACCAGCCUUAUUCCCGUAUUCAUGAAUGACCUUAAAUGUAAGUGAAUGCACUCGCCGCCAUUGUAAUGGUUUAACAUUGCCUUGGCGCAUUCGUUCAUGAAUAUGGAAAUUAAUAUUCUGUAAGACUCGGAUUUUUUAUUCUACAUUUAUUUACAAAAUGUACUAGUGUUAUUUUAGUUGUAUCGAUAAAAUUUGGAGAGAUCAAGUUACAUGUAAUGAAUAAUUUAAUUAAUGUUUACAGUCCUAAAUAUGUACCUCGAAUACGAAAUUAUCAAUUAGAUACAUUCCCAUAGUUAAGGAUUGGCCAAAUCCAGUGAAUUUUGCAUGCAAGGAGAUAUUUUUUGAACGAAGAAAAAAUGAAGGAAACUUGUAGACACUCUUCCUAUAGACCUUACAUGAUUAUGUUCCCUGUAUUGAGUUUUUGUAUCCUUUGACCAGUCCUUAAAUCUUUGUCAAAACUGCAAGAGUUAUUUGCUUUUGCAAUAAUUCGAUUAAGUCAGAUAAAUGCAUUUAAAAUAGGUUUAGAGGUUUUAAAAGUACAAAGACUCGAAAUAUACAUAUUAUAGUUUCGCAGUUUUGUCUCAAUUAGAGCCCAUUGAAGGAGAUCUGAAGCCAAAAUAUACUUAAAAUUUUAGUUGUGUUACAUUUAACUAGAUAAUGUUGCGUGUGCCUAGUUAUUCUAAUGCCCAAAUACUCAAACGCCUCUCAAUGAUGCAUGGGUGCCGGCAGAACUAUUUUUAGAGAACGAAUUUUUAUCUAGCGUCUCUCCAUAUAGGAAUUUAAAAUAAGCCUGACUAAUACCUCGCCUUUUGUAUAUAGCCUAUUGUAAAUAGAGCUAUAAUCCAGUUGUAAGAACUCCAUUAAUCUGCUGUCCAUUAUUUAAUCUUCAAAUAUUUUUGGGAGAUAGGCAAAAGGGUUCGAGAAUAUUAUUAUUUCUGUCUAAACAUUAAGGUAUUUUAAAUACUGCUGGCACCAUGUAUUCCAUGUAAUGAUGUUACGUUAAUUUUGUGUUCUGUCGCUACAGAAAAGUGGCAGAGAGACUUUGACUAAAUCGCAACUUAAAAUUGAGUAGUGUUUCAGUGUUCCAGGCGUAAGUGGUGCAUAAUAUAAGACUACUAUUGUAUAGAUUAAUUCGUUUUAAUGGUUUACUGUUAAUCAGUAGGUACCUAGGUACUAAAUAUGUGACGACUGAUGACGAAAGAAUGAAGGGUUGAAAUUUUUAGCAAUCGUGCCUUAUCGUGUGAACUAACUUUAUUUUUCUGGAAAUAUUUCUAUUUACGUAAACAAAUUAAACUCUCGAUAGUUAUUGUUAUUAUUGAAGAUGUUUUAUUGUAAAUAAAUUGGUAAUAUUUUUCCAAAUAAUUGCACAAUAAGUACAUGCAAUGAUUGUAGGUAAUAUGUUACUAACGUAUUUUAUUUAGUUUAAGGACUAUUACUGUGGCUGUGGUCUUGUAGCGUAUGUAUAUGCUUAAAUUGUGUACCUAAUUAAGAAAUCAUAGUCAUUAAAUUUCGAAACUUUAUCUACAUAUCAAAUUUUUGUUUGGUCUGCCCAUUUUUGUGGCAAUGGUUUUAUUUAUUGCAAUCAUAGAUUAUGAUUACCUAUACCUAGUUUCGUAGAUACAUUUUUGUGUAUAAUGACAUGAAUUUGUUAUGAUGCGAAUAUACUUAUACACGUACUUAACUAUUCCUUCCAUUUUGUAAAGGACCGAGUACUUCCAAAAGUACAAUGUUGUUUAUAAAUAAGAAUUUGUGAGAUUUUGUGACGGUGACUAUGAUUUUUGAGUUGUUUUUUUUAUUUAUCGAUGCCACAGUGCCAUAUAGAGUAAACAUUAUUUAAGGAAUUAUCAAUAAGAACGCGUAUGGACUAUUGUCUUGCCGUAAAUCAUGACAACGUACAAAUUGUCAAUUGAAAUGUGUCCAUUUAAUAACUGUUUUAUGACAAAUAGUGUGUAUACACUAUAGUCUUCCUUGGCCCUUUUGAAAUACACGAUAUUUGCCAAAUAAA